AAAGAAAUUCGAAAAAAAAAAAAGUAGAUAGAAGAGAGAGAAACAGAAAGGCAACCGCACAACUACAACUACAACUUCUCUUAUUGAGUUUUUUAGUAGAGAGAGAAACCCUUGAGUUCUCAAAUGUCAGAGAGAAACGGAACACUCCUCAGAAAUAGAAAAAUAAAAUAAAAACAAAAAACCCCACACACACAUUGCAUCAGAAACUCUCACUCAAAACAAAAUAAAAAACAAAUCUUUUCUUCUUCCUUUUCCUUUUGUUGUUCCACUUCCUUGUUCAAUUUUCUCCUCAUGAAUCCGAGCAAAACGGAAGAGGAUCUCUUUCUCGACCAUCUGGGCCCACCACCACCACCACCACCACCCCCACUAGCGGCUCAGAUCAUCUCCCACCACCACCAUCACCACCACCAACACCACCAUCAGAGCCAAUCACAGCCGUCCAUUCCCAACCCUCACGACGACCCUCCCUUCUCCCUCCCGGAGAUCGUCAUCUUCCGCUCCUCCUCCUCCUCCUCCUCCCCCUCCCCCUCUGACGAUGAAAACGACGACGUUUCCACCCAUCUCCCCCCAAACCCUAACCCUAAUUCCUCAAUUCUCCCCACCAUGAACAACCAGAACCAGAACAACCCGAAUUCCCAGCCUCUCUUCAUCAGCCCCGAGCCCCACAUCUCGUCGCAGUUCUACACCUUCAACCCCGAAUCCCACUCACUCAUGAUCCGCUGCCUCCUCGAGCGCCGCCUCGCCACGCCGCCGGAGAUCCGCGCCGCCACUCCGCGCGCCGUCCUCAAGUCGUGGCGCGCCGUCUGGAAGGACCGCAACGAGGACACGGCUUACCUCACAGCUUGGAAGCGGAUCCAGGACAAGCUCUCCGCUCACGUCGACCAGAACGGUAACGAAUUCCUCUGCUUCAAGAACAAUUCUCAGCAAUUCGUUUCGCAUGUUAACCAGUGGCAGGAGAUCGUUAUGAGUUUCCAUGGCGAUACCGACAUGAAACACCUAGGGCUUAAGGAAACCAUUGAUAGGAUUAAGCAGGUCUGGACUGUAGGAGCGAAGUUUUAUGGAAUUCCUGAGAGUUAUAUUAGGGUUUGUGUCGCUAAUUGCCCCGUUUGCUCGUCGGCGUCCUCCGGUGGGGCCGGGCGGAGCAAGCGCCGUAGGUUUGAGUAUACGGAGUCUUUUGAUGUGCCUGCCAAGGAGGUGCCCCAUAGGCUUCAGCAAUUGGCUGCUAAGCACAAGGUUGUGCUUUGCAUUAGGCAGAAGUAUAUUAGGUAUAAGCCGUUUAUGGCCGAGGUUAAGGACUAUGCUUGUCAUAGGGCGGGAGAACCAGCAGCCAAGAAGUCGAAGAUUUUGAAGAGGGAACCGUAUGCGUCCAAGCGGUGUGGGUGCGGAUUCCGAAUUCGUGCCAUUGUGCCGAUUGCCAAUUACAAUGAGAAGGACAAGACUUUUGUUUAUGAAGAAGAAGGGAUGGCCGUUUUUAAGUUGUAUGCUGUCCAUUCGGGACAUGAGCCGGGCCCUUUGGACGGAAAUGCAAGGAUUAUGCAUCGAGUUGUGGGGCAUAAAGGGGGUUAUUUGAUGGAUCAAGAUACGGUGUACGGGGUGAAUGAGGAUAUGGAUAAUGAAGGGUUUGGGCUGAUUGGGAAGGAUGAAGGGGAUUUGCAUCUUUCGGUUUUGCAGCAGGUUCAUGAACUGAGAGCUGAAGUUGGGUUGUUAGAAGCAAAGAUUGCCAAGAUACCGCAAGAGUUAUUGGGGUCUGUGUCUCGAGAGUUAUUUGAUAUUGUCAGUAGGGUUAGGCGUAUUGGGGAAGAUAAUUUGAAGCCGAUUGGGAUGCUACACGAUAAGCCACAUGCUGAUGACGUGUUGGUUGGGGAGGAUGAUUUGGCUCAUUGGAGUGAUCAUCACCAUGAACGAAUAUAUGUGGAUGGAAAAGAUACCGAAUUGAUCGAGGAUGAUGAAGACAGCUUUGGGAGAACUCUUGGGGAUGUUGUUUCUUGGGACCAGAUGAGGGCAGAUUGUAGAAAUGAAAAGGAUUUGAUGAGCGAGUCUUGUAAAUCUGAAAAGUGGCUGAAAUGCAGUAACUUUGACGAGAAGAGCAUUCUUGAUUGUGAAGAUACAAAGCUAACCAAGCCCUUAAGACAUGAUGAGGCGUUAGUGGCAGAUGUAGGUCUCGUUGGCAUACAGGUUGAUAGUUUCUACCAAGAUAACACAAAGUGGUAUGAUUCUCCUUGUGGAUUGGACUCUAGUGCUGAUUGUGGGGAUAGUGGCUUCAGACACGGGGAGAUUGUUUAAAGUCUUUCUCGAAGAAUUGGUUAAGCCUCUCUAACAUACGAGAUGCAGCUUGCUAGUCAUGGUAGUUUGUUAAUGUCUGGAGAAAUGCUUUUCCAUUGUGUCCUCUGGCUCGGAAGGCCAUUGUAACUGGCAGAAGACGUUGCAAUCUGGUAUGGAGAACAGAGAACAUGUAUGCUCUGAAAGUCCCAAAAAAAGGUAUACACUAUGUUCCUUUAAGAAUAUUGCCAUGUUAUUUGUGGUCUUUGUUAAUGUUAUCAAAACAUCUCGUGCCUGCAUUAAAAAUUUACCGCACGCGACAGUUUCCAAUCAUAGAUCUAACCAUUACAAAGGUAACUCAACGGUCAAAACAGUAAUUCCUACUGUUGCUGUAAAAAUUCUCUUUUAAUUUAUGAGAAAACAUAA